GCACUCUACACUAUGAAAAAGAAACCCUAACCAUUAACAUAAAGAACCUCCACUCUCCAAGCUCCAACAGUCUCACCCCUAACCUCCCUCUCCUCCUCAUCUCCUCCUCCUCAAACAUGAAGCUCACACUCCUCUCCUUCUUCUUCAUCAUCAUCAUCUCAUUCUUCCAUUUCUCCCACACCACCCCACAAAACUUCACCUCCAUUUUCAGCUUCGGAGACUCGCUCGCCGACACCGGCAACUUUCUCCUCUCCGGCGCCCUCACCUUCCCCUCCAUCAGUCAGCUCCCUUACGGGAUGACCUACUUCCACCACCCCACCGGCCGUUGCUCCGACGGCCGUCUUGUUGUGGACUUUAUUGCUGAGUCCCAAGGUCUUCCUCUUCUCCAGCCAUACUUAGCUCCAAAUCAAAACUUCCGGCAAGGGGCGAACUUCGCCGUCGCCGGUGCGACGGCCAUGAACCCUGCGGCGCUCAUCGAAAUGGGCAUCAGCCGCUACAUCUGGACCAAUUUCUCCCUCACCACUCAACUCCAGUGGUUCGACAAGCUAAAACCUUCCCUUUGCAAAACCACCCAAGAAUGCAGCGAAUACUUCAAGAAAUCCCUCUUCCUCGUCGGCGAAAUUGGGGGUAACGACUACAAUUACGCCUUCUUCUCCGGCAAGUCUGCAGCCGAGGUUACCUCAUUAGUUCCCAGAGUCGUGAGCGCUAUUGCGGAGACCAUUGAAGGGUUAAUUGAGAGAGGAGCGGUGAAUCUAGUGGUGCCGGGGAACUUGCCGGUGGGGUGCUCGACGGCGUACCUUACGCUGUUUGCGACGGCGGAGAAGGAGGAGUAUGAUGGCCGGAAUGGGUGUCUGAAGAAACUGAACGCAUUUGCAAGGUAUCAUAAUGAGUUUCUGAGAAUGGCAAUGGGGGAGCUGAGGAGAAAGCACCCGAAUGCAAGAAUUAUAUAUGCGGAUUACUACGGUGCGGCCAUGCGAUUCGCGCAUGCUCCUCGUCAUUUUGGUUUUGGGAUGGGUGCCCUACAAACAUGUUGUGGGGGCGGGGGCCCAUACAACUUCAACGUGACCGCUCGCUGUGGCCAUCCUGGCUCCCAUGCAUGCAACGACCCCUCAAGCUACGUGAGUUGGGACGGCAUUCACCUCACCGAAGCUGCUUAUCACCAUAUUGCCGCUGGUCUGUUGAAGGGCUCUUUUACAGAUCUACCCCUCAUGACCUAAUUUAUUAUCAUUAAUUAAAUAUUGUCGCUAUUUAAUUAGUUUACAUUUUGGGUGAUUAAAUAAAUUUUAAUUUAGCUUUUUUGAUGGAAUGUUUCUAUGUCUUUAUAAGUAUCUGUGUUGGAUGUUGAGAGAUUUAAGUAAACGGCACUUGAAAUCUAUGUAU